UCGCCGACUCCUCGCGGUCCGCGCCAUGGAAGGCUACCACAAGCCCGACCAGCAGAAGCUGCAGGCCCUCAAGGACACGGCCAAUCGGCUGCGUAUCAGCUCCAUCCAGGCCACCACGGCGGCGGGCUCGGGGGUGGGAUGCACUCACCCUUGAGGCCUUUAAGACGCCCUGUUGUCUGGAGGUUUGGAACUGCAGGCCCUUUGCUUCCCACCCCACUCAUGCACACUUUGGACCUGUUAUCUCUCCUGGGGUUUUAUCAGCACUUUUAUCCCCUGCUCAGCCAUCCCACAUCAUGUUGCAGUGCUGCUGAGAUCAUGGCUGUCCUCUUUUUCCACACCAUGCGCUACAAGGCCCUGGACCCCCGAAACCCUCACAAUGAUCGCUUUGUGCUCUCCAAGGGCCAUGCAGCUCCCAUCCUGUAUGCAGUCUGGGCUGAGGCUGGCUUCCUUCCUGAGGCGGAGCUCCUGAAUCUGAGGAAGAUCAACUCUGACUUGGACGGACACCCUGUCCCUAAACAAGCCUUCACUGAUGUGGCCACUGGCUCCUUGGGCCAAGGCCUUGGAGCUGCUUGUGGGAUGGCCUACACAGGCAAAUACUUCGACAAAGCCAGCUACCGGGUCUAUUGCAUGCUGGGCGAUGGGGAGCUGUCAGAAGGCUCUGUGUGGGAGGCCAUGGCCUUUGCUGCAAUUUACAAGCUGGACAACCUCGUUGCCAUUCUUGAUAUCAACCGCCUGGGCCAGAGUGACCCGGCCCCACUGCAGCACCAAGUGGACAUCUACCAGAAGCGCUGUGAGGCUUUUGGCUGGCACACCAUCAUUGUGGAUGGGCACAGUGUGGAAGAGCUGUGUAAGGCCUUUGGCCAAGCCAAGCACCAGCCAACAGCUAUCAUCGCCAAGACCUUCAAGGGCCGUGGGAUCACAGGUGUGGAAGACAAGGAGUCAUGGCAUGGGAAGCCUCUUCCCAAAAACAUGGCUGAUCAGAUCAUCCAAGAAAUCUACAGCCAGGUUCAGAGCAAAAAGAAGAUACUUGCCGCUCCACCACAGGAGGACGCCCCCUCAGUGGACAUUGACAACAUCUGUAUGCCCACCCCACCCAGCUACAAAACUGGGGACAAGAUUGCCACUCGCAAGGCCUAUGGGCUAGCCCUAGCCAAACUAGGCCAUGCCAGCGACCGCAUCAUCGCCUUAGAUGGGGACACCAAGAACUCCACCUUCUCAGAGCUCUUCAAAAAGGAGCACCCAAACCGCUUUAUUGAGUGCUACAUUGCCGAGCAGAACAUGGUGAGCAUCGCUGUAGGCUGUGCCACACGCAACAGGACAGUGCCCUUCUGCAGCACUUUCGCAGCCUUCUUCACACGGGCCUUUGACCAGAUACGCAUGGCGGCCAUCUCCGAGAGCAACAUUAACCUCUGUGGCUCCCACUGUGGUGUGUCCAUUGGAGAAGAUGGACCCUCUCAGAUGGCCCUGGAAGAUCUGGCCAUGUUUCGGUCAAUCCCCAUGUCAACUGUCUUUUACCCAAGUGAUGGAGUUGCUACAGAGAAGGCAGUGGAAUUAGCAGCCAAUACAAAGGGCAUCUGCUUUAUCCGGACCAGCCGCCCAGAAAACGCCAUCAUCUACAACAAUAAUGAGGAUUUCCAAGUUGGACAAGGCAAGGUGGUUCUGAAGAGCAAAGAUGACCAGGUGACAGUGAUUGGAGCUGGUGUGACCUUGCAUGAGGCCUUGGCUGCUGCUGAGAUGCUGAAGAAAGACAAGAUCAGUAUCCGUGUGCUGGACCCUUUCACCAUCAAGCCCCUGGACAGAAAGCUCAUCCUUGAGAGUGCCCGUGCCACCAAGGGCAGGAUCCUCACUGUGGAGGACCAUUACUAUGAAGGUGGCAUAGGUGAGGCAGUGUCCACUGAAGUAGUGGGUGAGCCUGGAGUUACUGUUACCCGUCUGGCUGUUGGCCAAGUACCAAGAAGUGGGAAGCCAGCUGAGCUGCUGAAGAUGUUUGGUAUUGACAAGGAUGCCAUUGUGCAAGCUGUGAGGGGCCUUGUCACCAAGGGCUAGGAAGGGCAUGGAGUGCUGAGUGGCGUAUCUACACAUUCCCAAGAGCUUCUGACAAAGGUGUUCAAAGAUGUGCUAAAUACAUGUUUUGAGAAAAAUG